AUGAAUAGUAAAAAAAUAACGGUGAAAAAAAAUAAUCGAAUGCCAAUCCAAAUACUCAAGAAUCCUGAAAAAAGUAAAAUUUUACAUGAUGAAAAAAAUAAAAUGCCGUUCGUAAGUAAAAUAAACAAAUAGGUAAUGAAAUUACUAUAAGAGCUGUAAGCCAAAAUGUUAAAAGUCUGUGGUUCUUAAUGUUAUUUUCAUGUUUAUUUUGAUUAACUAUACCUACAAAUAUUGUAAGUCUUUUUACAAAUUUUUCUGACUUAGGAAGCAAUGUGGAAAUAUAUAAAUGACAUAAUUAAAAAAAAAAAACGAAUGUAGGUAAUUGUAUUGUACAUUUUGUGUGGUACAUUAUAUUUUAAGAAAAUCUAUGUUAUAUGAAAAUCUAUAUCAUAGUCAACUAAAAUAUUUUAUUCUUUCAGUGACGUACCUAUGGCGGGCAGGGUAAUUUCCCCAUUGUUGGCUGUAUAAUUAUAUGUGUGCAUUGUUAUUAGUUUUUAGUAUUUUACAAUUAUUUUGAAAUUUGUUUUCAUCUAGUUCAUGUAGUUAAUAAUAUAAUAAUAUGGUCGAAUCCAUAGAUAUUAAAAUAUUUUUGCUAUCUAUGGUCGAACUGGGUCAAGAUUUUUGGUGUCAGGAUGGGCCAAGAUCGCUACUGUUGCACUGUUGCAUAUUUACUAGAAAAUAAGUAAACUGGUUGAUGAUAUAUCAUUGAAAGAUUCUCUUCUAUGAAAAACCGGAGGUUAGACUUUGUAUCGUUCAUUUAAAAAUUAAUAUACGCAUUAUAAUAUUUUAUUAAAUUAAAAUGUCUUAUUUUAUGUAUUGAAAUGUUCUAUUUUACAAUAAUAUAAAAGAGCCCAAUUCCCGUGUCUAUUAAUAUAAUUGUUGUGUAGCGGUAACUUUACUUUUUUUAUUUUUAGAAUGGGUGAAAGUAUAUUUCAUCCCCCUUCCCCCCGUAAGAAAGGCCUAGGUACCCUACUGUAUAUUUUGAUUUUGUUAUAAUUUGUUAGUCAGUUAGUGUUUCGUUAGAUUCCAAUGUUUAUCAUCACAGCGUGUUUACUGUUAUAUUUGACUGUCAAUGUAUUUAUUUCAAUAAACCAACACUAUUACGGUUUUACACUUUAGGUUUUUAGAUAUUGCUAACCUAUUACAUACAGUUUUAUAAAUUAUGGACAAACCAUCACUAUAAUAGUAGAAGGCCUGUAUGCGUGUAAAAAUAUUACAAUGCGUUUUAUAACUGUAUAUCUACUUAAGUCAAAACCAAUUCGAUCGGUCAUUUUCAUAAAAUUUUGUUUAUGACCUCUAUAAUAUAUUAGACGGAUCCGGUUCAAAAUCCCGGCACCGAAAUCCCGACAGUUAUAAUUCCGACAGUUAAGAUCUCGAUAAUUAAAAUCUCGAAUUGGUCGAAAUACCGACAGUCCGUAUAAUAUUGAAGGGGUUUUGUAAUAUUUAUAUUUGUUUUGUAUUUAAAAUAUGUAGGAACUCUAUUAUAAUGUGACGAGAUAUUGAAUGUAUUGAUUUUAUUAUAAAUUUAAAAAAAGUAGAACUUACAUUUUUUCUUAGAAGUUGACAACCAGUAUAAUUUUAAGGUAAAUAAUUAGGCGAUCACCUACAAAAUUUCAGGGGAUGCCGAUAAUGAUGUCUGCGAAAUUCUGUGUGCCAUUGUCUUGUGGAAUUUUUUUGGUCUAGAUUUUGACCAUGUCGGGAUUUUGAAUGCCUUUCAUAUUAGACAUAGGUAAACUGAAGUAUUGAAAUAUUGUUAUUCUAUGUGAGUUAUCAGUGCUUGAUUUGGAAAAAUAGAAAAAGAGGAAUUAAAAACACUUAAAAAUAUUAGUUUCUCUAAGCCUUGUAGUCUUAAUGAUCAUUUAUUACAGAACAAUAAGUAAAGUUUAAAAAAAAAAAAACCGGACAUAGCGCGGUUUUAAACCGAUUACCAAUAUUUUUGAUAGUGGUUUGUUAUAAACUAAAACCAAAACCACAUGAAUAGAGCAAGAUUUCUCUUAGAAAAGGUGUUCAUAGAUAAAAAGAAUAGUAAAUACGCUCAGAAUCUAAAAAAAAUUACAAUUUAUUUGAAAUGAUAAUUUUUGAAAAUAUCAUAAAACAAAAAAUAUUCUCCUUUCAUCUCAAUAGAAAUAUGUAUACUGUACCCGCGGGAGAAAAACCCGUAGGGGACUUUAUAGUAAGGGAACGCUAAAAGAAAUAACAAAAAAUAGCAGAGGAGCUCUGCGAUUCUUGUAUUCAAGCACUGUGACAUAAAAUGUAACUAUCAUCUAAUUGUAGAUAUACAAUUUGUUUUUUAAUUAAAUUAUUUGUUUGAAAUUCUCUAUUCUAUAUUUGAUUUUUCAUAAAAAAGGAUAAACCCUCCAUAAAUCAAAUAAUUUUUUAUCAUUUAGUUUGUUAUUUUUUUCAUAAUUUAUCGUUUAUAUUUAUUUAAAUAUAGGAAAUCCAAUGGUCAUUUGGUUGGAAUAGCGAACUUGGAUUGAUAAGUAUCUCGCCGAAAGGAAAGGAAAGUAAUAAAUAUCAGAUAUUUUUCACAAAUGCACACGUUGGUAUUAUACUCGAAUGCGAUAAGACGAAUAAUAAAUCGAAAACCAUGAAAAUGUUAACAGGCCACGUAAAUAUGAGUUAUUUAUAUUAAGAGCAUUCAGUGGCGUAAUGAGGAAUUUACUCUGGGGAGAUAUAUAUUUAUAUUGUAUUUCUGAGCAACACAAGUUGUUUAUUACAAUUAAAUGAAUAUACGCAUCAGAGGUUGUUAUUGCGUUUCCUAAAGGCUGAUUAUUUUUUUCCAUUAACUUUAACAAAAAUAGUACAAUAUUUACAAAACGCUCUAAAUUUCUCUUCCGAAUAAAUGAACCAUUAGAAUUCCAAAAGCAAUUUGUGUUGAAACCGCAGUCUACGUUUUGCAUUAUUUUUAUUUAGUGGAAAAAUGUAAUUGAAUGUGGUACACGCAAAUUUGCAAGAUUUAAAAUCAAAUAAAAAUCGUUGAAUUCGUUGAAAUCGAAAUCGUAUAAAAAAUAAAUUGAAAUAUUUGAGCUAAUAGGCAAAUAUCAUUACCAUCGAACUUUUCAAGUGAGAAGACAAUAACCGCCGUGGUUCGAAUAGAAAACGAACAUUACAGACUUGGGAAUCAAUAUUUAUUCAUUUAUUUUUUUACAUAAGCUUUAUGUUUAAAUGUCGUUAUAAUUAUUGAUGAAAAUUGCACAUAACAAAAAAAAAAAAAACUGAGGAAUUUUCACUUUCAUCUACCUUAAUUACGUUCCUGUGUGCAUUUAUAACCUGCAGUAUUGUAUUAUUGUAUCUUGAAUAUUUUUAACACCGAAUAAUUUUUUCAGCCAAAUUCAAUUAGUAGCUUUGAUGUCAAUGCUGAUGGCCGUUGGUUGGUUACAGUCAACAAAGGAACUUUAGAAACUUAUUCGAUGAUUAUAGUUUGGGACACUCUUAGUAGGUAGGUCGUAGACAAGUAUAUAACUAUAUAAAAAGCCUAAAAAAAUCUAUUUCAAAUAAUAAAAAUACAAGUGUAAUUUAACAUUUGUUUAUAAUUUUGAACUAAUUCCAUGUAAAUUAAUAUUAAAAAUAAAGGUAAAUUUAAAUUGUAUAGGUAAUUAGGUACCUAUAAUAAAAUAAUAACUCACUGCAGUUAGGUAGAUAGGUAUCUAAUUUAAAAAAAAACACUCAAGUAACUGAUUAAUUUAGUAACGAUUACCUAUUUAAUAUAAGUAUAAUUGUACCGUUUACUUAAUUGUUUUUAUGAAUUCUCAUUGCUUUAAACGUCUAAAGGACUCCGGUUUUUACAUCAGUCUUGCCGUUAAACAUGGGAAUAUCAAUUGCAAAAUUUAGCAUCGAUUCAAAAUAUUUGAUUACCGUGUCAGUCGACCUCGUUAACUACGAAGAGCAAACAAUCGAUCUAUGGGAUUGGACAUUAGGCGUGGAAGAAUCGACCUGUAAGUUGUUGAUGAAUCGCUUUAAAUAUUGUUAUACGAGUGGAUAAUAUGAUUUUAUUUUAAUUCUAAUACGCGUUACCUAAUAUCCAUGUAGUUUCAACGAAACUCAACAAUAAUUUCGAUCCAAUCAUACAUUUAACGUGCUGUUUAGAAAAUCCGAAUUUCUAUUGUUUUACAACCAAAAAACGUAUAUUUUUUAUGACACUUGUAAGUAUAUCGUCACUCUAUGUUUCAGAUUGGCAUAUAUAUAUAUAUAUAUAUAUAUAUAUAUAUUACAUAGCAGCGGUCCCCACUACUCGGUCCUUAAACAAAUAUACCAAUGCAAUAUCUUUUAUUAAUUUUAUCUUAUUUAUUUGUCCAUUUUUAACAUUGAUUGAAUUAUCAGAUAGUUUGACAGAUAAGUAGAUACGAGCGUGAGUUUAUUUAAUAAAACAAAAUACGUCCACUUAAAACCCUCUAUUUUAGGUCAAUAUUGCGCAAAUUCAAAUUGAUUUACUCCAUGCGGCCCGCAAGUAACUUUCAAAAAUGACGUUUGGCUCUUUCCAAAAUCCUAGAGGUGGCCGCUGAUAUACAGGGGGAUCAUUAUAACCUAAGACACUCAUUAUCUCGGAAAGUAUUUAAUUGGUAAGAAUUUGCUUUUUUAGAAGGUUAACAAAUUUAAAGUAGUAAUUGUGUUAAUUAUUUGUCAACAUGCAGCUCUAAAACGUUGCAUUAACGUUAAUUUUUGUCAUCCUUUUUUUAGGGGGAACCAAUAUCAAAUUUUAUUUUCAAAUAGCAAUUUAUAGGUAUUCAAAUUUAUAUAAAUAUAUAGUUUUAAUUUAGAUACAUUUUGUUGUUGAUAUUUUUAAUUUACGUCAACCCGUUGAAGAGGUAUUCCACUUAUCGUUUUGUGGGUUAAGGGGAAUCGUAUUUAAAAGUAGAAUAUCUCGUCAACGAAAAUAAAAAAUGUUAACACCAACAUUUUUUUAAAUUAGAACUUGAUAUACCUAUUUAUAGAAUUUCUAAUAUAGGUCGCUAUUUGAAUAUUAAAAGUGGGUAUAUUGCAUAGAGUAAUAAUAUAGAGUAAUAGUAUUGUGGUUUCAUCUCGUACAAUAACAUAUUGAUAGGAAAAACGGUAAUGUAACAUUUUAAAGCUGCUUGUUUUUUAAAUGAUCUAAAUAUCAUAUUUCGGAAAAAGUUAAUACUUUAUGAAAUAAUGAGUGUCUUACGUAAUAUCGGUUACUUUGUACAUGAAUUUAACAUUUGAUCAUUCAAGGACGAAGACGAGAAUAAAUUAAUUAUAAACGUUCCAAAAAAGAAAGAUAAAAAACAAUCAAAAUUUGAUUAUACCCAAUCGGCAUACUUAACUGAAUUCCGUCAAGUUAUCUCAGCAUCUACAGGAGGUAAAGUACAAUAACACUUGAACGAAUUAAAUGGUUUAUAUAUAAAAUAUUGAUCAAAAUGAAAAAAAUAUACAUCUAUACAUAAUUAUGUACCAAAAUUAGGUAUAGUAUCCGUAUGGGACGAUACUGAUUUGUAUGCGCCAAAAUUAAAAAAUAAGCCAGAAACGAACGACAAACAAUUUUUAAAAAGCAUUAAAUUGGACGAUUAUUGUAUUACUACUAUAACUUGUUGGAAGUAAAUUAUAUUUUUCAUUAUAUAGUACAACUUUUAUUUUUGUUUGUUUUUUUUUUUAGAGACACCGUAAUAACAGGCAAUACAAACGGAGAUGUAUUUUUUUAUAACAAAUCGUUGAUCUAUCAAUAUCGUUUGAAAAAGUUUAUCGGAAAUUCUAUUGUUUCUAUCAUUAUGAUCAAUGCCAACGAAACGGACAACAAAAAAGGUAAGUUUCCACGUUUAAUAGAUUUCAACGCAUAGCUUUACAUGCAAUAUGUAUUCAUAUUAUGUUGCGAUUCCGAUGCAACAGAAUAAUUAUUAAAUGUAUAACUUAACGCUAUAUAAUAUUAUAAAGGAACAUCAAGGGAUACGGAUACGAAUAUUAACGAAACGUCCGGAAACGGUCAUGAACAUCUUUUUAAGGGUCAUACGUCCAUUAGCCAGGCGUCUAAAACGUUUACAGCUCAGGAAAAAUUCAAAUCCGAUCAGUUUUUUAUAAGUAUUUAUAACUAUUAUACGCGUCUCAGUAAAUAACAAUAAUAUAUAAACAAUGUUUGGAAAUAAUAAUGAAUUCACUGAAUUUAUUUGAUUUUUAGAGAAAUAUAUUAGUACAUUUAUUUAUAAGGAAAUAGUGAAUACGAAUUCAAUAAUUUUACGCCGAAUUGUUAAUGCAAAUAAUAGAAUUGAAAAAGUUGUUUUAGGAUAAUUUUAUUUUAUUUAUUUAUUAAUACGGACAAAAGUCCAAUUCACAAUAUAUUUGUAUAGAUAACAAUAAAAUAUAACUUAUAUAAAUUAUAAAUUUAUAUAAUUUAAAAUAAUAAAAUAUAACAUAAUAAAAAAUGAAAAGAUUAAUAUAUCAAAUAAUGGGUUUUUUUUUAAUAAUUGAGCAAAACCAAAAAAAAUGAGACGUCCUAGGAUAAUGGAGACGGGUGUAGCCACUAUUAUAGGUAGUUUAAUGUAUAUCUGUUAGCAACAAUUAACCAUUGAUAACGAAAAAACGAUUCUGAGUGGAGUUCAAUUGAUAUUGAUGCUUUGUCAACAAUAUAAGUACAUGACAUAUUAUAGUAAAAUACUUAAAUAAGUAUUAUAAAUUGAUUACCUUAAAAUUUGUUUAAUGUACCUCUUUUCCCGUUUUUUCUACGUUUUUCCUGGCGUUUGACUCUUGAGAAAAUUAAAAAAUAAGUUCCUUAAAGUACCUCCCCACGCCGAUUUCCUUUCAGAAAAGGUGCAACACGUAAAAAAUCGGAGCAAGUUCUCUGGUAGAAAAGUAGUUCACAGAAAAAAAAAACAUCAUUGUAAAACCAUAACCUUCUUCGCUCCAUUCAGAAUUUAAAAAAUAAAGUGAAAUUUUUUUUUUUCACAAUUUAUAGGAAAAAUAUACCUAUUAGUAUAAAUUUUAUAAUCUGUAGUUUUUUUUUAUUUACAAUAUUUUACAAACAAAUUUUUUUAGUAAGAAUGCAUUUCAGAUUUUGACAAAUUUGAAUAUGGAAUGCAUUCCCUUUUAAAAGGAAUUUUCCAAACACUGUAAUAUAAGAGUGAAUAUCGUAUGCUAUACAUAUGUAUAAUAUGUACCUCCACUUAAACUACGUAUUAUAGGCAUGCGAAAUUGUAAAAUAUUCGUGGUCGACAUUUUCGAAGAACGUUAUACGCAAUUAUUCGAAAAGUGCGAAGACCAAUUGAUCACCACGCUGGAAGUACACCCUAAACAGUAAAAAACGAACAAAUAAAUAAUAAUAAUAUCCGAUACAGAUAAAACGUUUACAUUAAUAAAUAUUUGCGAUAAUAUUAUACUUUCUCAGGAAUUAUUUAAUACUGGGCAAUUCAAUCGGUGUACUCGUCAUGUACAAUUAUAAAACGAAAAUGUUAAUUGCAAACUCAUGUGCUGACGACCAUAAUCUGCAGAAAGUAAAAGAUAGUCAAAUCACUUGCAUAAAAUAUUCUCCAAACGGUACGUCUGUACUUUGUAAAAUAUAUAAACAAAUAAUUUCAAAUACUCCAAUGUAUUACAAAAUGAUAAGCAGUAUUUAGGACUUUUAGAAUAUUUUGUCAUGCCAUUAAAUCUAGUAAAGUACUGUGGAAAUUAAUGACAUAAUACGAGUUUAAAUUUGAAAUUGUUUUUUAUCAUUAUUUUAACAGUUUAAGCCAAAAAAUACUUCUUACUAGUCUAGGGCUGAAAAACCAAAUAUAAAUAUACUUAGCAUUGUUUUCCAAAGUUUGCUGAGUUUUGAUCAUUUUGUUAUUAAUUUGUUUCAUAUAUGUUCGAAUGAGAAUAAGUAAUUUCAAUUGGCACUCUUUUGACUUUUUAAGUAAACUUUUUAAUAUUUGUGGGCAUUAUUUUUAAUUUGUAGGCCAUAUGUCUUUUUUUUUUUUUUAUGAUAAUUUUGGGCUUUUAUGGGUAUUAGAAUUCCAGCUCUAAUGCAUAACACUCCUAAAAUAUUUUGUUCGUACAUUAUAGGAAUGUAUCUUUGUUACGGUCGCGCGGAUGGAUAUUUUUUGUUCGUAGACCCGACGAGUUUGAAAUUCGCGAUUGGCACGCCGUUCAAUUGGCAUGGGUCUUCAAUCCGACACAUAACUUUUAGCGAAACGUCUAAUUAUGUCGUUUACACUGUGAGUUUUUCGCUGUUGUUGAAUAAAUUUUAUUGCAGCCUGCAGGUGCAUUUUGUUUUUGGAUUUUUGCUGGCAACAACCGAGAGACAUGAUUAACACUCUGUUCAGAAUCGUUUUUCGUUGCAAACAUAUACAAAUUAAAUUACUAUACAAUGUCCUUCCUUCCUUCCAACUUCCUUUCAUAAACAGUGACAUAAUCAUCAGCAGUAUCAGUCGUUUUUUUAGUAAUAGUUUAAUAUAACCGCCUAUAAUAUUACCGCAGGACAGUUCGUUCGGUAUAUACCUGUACGGGAUGCUGUCCUUGAAUGAAUUCGGUGUUAAGUAUUACGGGUGUUCGGAAAUGCACACCGCAACCGUACUGGGAAUUUCUGUAAAGGAGAACGAGACAAGUCUGAUGGUGUACAGCACCGGUGCGGAUCACAAAAUCGCUAUAUUCGGUUUCGACAAAACGUAAUAGUAAUCUGCGCAGAUAAAAAUAAAAUUUAUACUCGUAACACAUAUUAAUCAUUGGGCGCGUGAUGCGAUUUACAAUAUACUUUAACAGACGAGACGAACACCUUAAACUGGUAAAGGUGAUGAAAACCGAAUGGUUGAGUGAACCUCGAGGUAUGAUGAAAAUGUCCAAUUCAGGAGAGUUGAAUUUGAUAAUUAGCAGUAACGAUGUAAUAAAUGUUUAAAUAGAUAUACGAUUCCUAAAAAUGCAUAUAUAUUCGUAUGUGGUUUGUUUUAGUUACGUUUAUCCGUUUGGGACGACAAUCGAUGUAUUCGGACCACAAUGGGAGUUAAUCUCGAAACUCCGAUUAGGAUUAUGAAAGUAUGAAGAACAAUUUUAUUAAUAAACAUAUAUAUUUGAUUCCUUUGGGCUCAAGUGAAUUUUUGGCAUUUUUUUUAAUAAUUGUAUUUUAUUGUAUUUUUUUUCCAUUUAUUCUUCGAUUUAAAUGGUUAAGUGUGUAUGUAUAUUUGUGUACAAUUUUUUUUUUUGAUAAUCCUUAGGUAUAUUCUUCAAAAAAAAAAAAACCUAUCCAUUUCUUUCUUCUCUCUCUGAUUUACGUCCAUAUCGAGUUCCUUUCUUUUAUUUUCUGAUGCACAUCUUCAUUUGAUAUUAGUUCUGUCUAAAAGAUUUUUAAUACCCUCACCAACUUAAGUUUUUAAUGCUUCUAUUCUUCUUCUAUCAGCUCGGCUACAUAAAUUCAACAAAUCCAUAACUUAUCAUUGUCAAAUUUCAUAUAUACUAAUGUGUUAAUACUAAUAUUUAUACAUUUACAAGUACCUUGCUCAUAUAUAUUUUUUUGCGUUACAUACUUUAGUAUUAUAUAUACCGUACAUUUUUGUUUUUAUUAUAAUUUGAGAUAAGUAACUUAUAAUUAUAAUAACUAUAACUAAUGCUAUGAAUUAAAAAUUAUUAGGAGUCGCCGGUGGAUAAAAAUUUGAUAUUUUUUUGCAACGAUACGGAUAUUGGCAUUUUACGAAAACCCAUCGACGGAAACCCAUAUAAAAAUGCUGCAGUACUCGGCUCUGGAACAAAAGUUAGUUGAAUAUAAUCUUACCCGAUUUUGUCAUAAAAUGUGUUUUUACUGUCUAUUUCAUACGUGAAUUUCGAAAAUAAAGUCUAGAAAAUAGUUUAUGCCAACAUAAUAUACAGAAAUAUGAGUAAUAGAUAAGACAGUUCGUAUAGUUCUUUUAGAUUCGGAGCAUAGCAAGGGAUCCCUUGAUUUAAUAUGUGUGUUUUUAUUUAUUUAUUCUUUUUUUUUUGUGCGCAAGCAACUUUUUUACGGCCUUUCAAAAUAUGUUUAAUUGAUCUUCGCUCCCAAUCGUUUUAGUAACGGUUAGUCAUCUUUUACAUAUAUAAAAUUAAAUAAAUUACUGUAUCCCACCUUCUUAACUUCCCACCUAAAACAGUACCACACACGUCCAUAGUAUCAGUUUUUUUUUUUUAGUUAGUUUUUUGCUAGGGACACUAAUAUUUUUAGAUAAACCAAAUAAUUGUUAUAGUAACAUAAACAGAGAUAUUUUUCGUAAGUUUUGAAAAUAACAUUUUUUCUAAAGACUGAUCAAAUGAUGCGAUUCUGCCAAUAUUAUCAUAUUCUCUGGUAUCGUGUAUAUGGUGAACAACCAACAGCGUUUCGCAGUCCACAAGCAACGAAAUUGACAGAAUACUUUUUUUUUUUAUAUUAUUGAUCGAAUAACGUCAAAUAAUGUGACAUCCCUUAAAGUCGGCAACUGUAAUUUACAGUUGAUAUAUUACAGCUAUUCACAAGACUUAUAAAAUAUCUUAAGAUUUUAAUAUUCUUAUUAAUAGGUUUUUCCUUGAACUAACGACUGUUGUAAAUCAACUAAAGCUGUAAUAGCUGAUAACAGUUGGCAGAUAUUAUGGUCUUAUAUUAUUACUAGUCGUCAUAAUAUACAGUCGUCAAAUUUUGUUCUUGGAAGUCGGCAAAAUUCACUCCAAACCCCCCUAAAAAUAAACCCUAAGAUCGCCCCAGAACACUCGUGUCAACAGUUUUACAUUAUUAAUUAGAUUCAUGACGCAUCUUACAAAAGAAUUCACCAUCAAUGAACAAUGUUUAAUUAUUCGAGGAAUUGUACAAUAGUAGACUAUGUAAAUAUUUAGUCAUAAUUUUCGGAUUGAGUACAUUCGAACAUUCUAAUUAAUAGUCACGUUAGUAAAAAUUAAAUACGUAUUAAUACAAAUGGUUUUGAACGAUAAAAAAUGUAAUAAAUAAGUACUAAUUUUAAAAGUAAGCAAACUUAAAUGUUUUGUUUUCACCUACGUAUAUGUAUACACCGUACCUUAUCGCCACAGGUACGUAUAGUACGUAUAUAAAUAAGUUAUAUCACGUCUUAUAGGAGUAAUUGGAAAAGUUCUAUUACCUAUGCAUACGACAAUAAUUGUAUUUUACUUUAUAAUUAUAUUGCAUGUAUUAUAAUAUGCGUGAGGUGGACAGAGUGAAAAUAAAUAUUUGUGACGAACGUCUUUUGACAUGAUGUAGUAUUGUCAAAGAUCACAAUUCGUCUACGACCGUAUUAUUAUACAAAUUGGUAUUCAAUUAUUUACGAUGUUUAUUUUUUAGCUAAUCGAUAUCGGUUUAUCCUGGAAUGCGGAGAACGUAUUCAGUAUUAGCGAGAGCAGCAGUUCGGUGUUAAUGUGGUUGUUUCGUCCGAAGUGUGUUUGUAUAAGAUUAUUUAUAAAAAUAAUAUCUAAUAAAAAUACAAUACGUUUACGUGAUGUAUUACUAAUAUUAUUAUUCUCAGGUACUAUAUUAAUGGUUACAUUUUUGAUAGUGUUUAAAAGCUAUAUUUGUAUAAAGUUAUUUAUUUAUCAACCGUAUAAGGUAUUACACAAUUGUAUUGAAUUUAAUAAUAAACAAUAUUAUAUUUCGUUUAAUCAUGAUAUACCCAGCUACAUAGUCUUCGGAUAUUAACCAUCAAUUCCAUUUUACGGUAGAAAGUAAAAAUGUACCUGUCUGUUUAAAAAUUUAAAUAUUUAAUUAUAUGUAUAAUAUAUUUUAGAUUCUGGGUGUAGCGAACAAUGUAUCGGUUUUACAAAGAUGUUUAUUAUUUUUUUUUUUUACCGUAUAAAGAAUUCUACCAGAAAUCUCACUCCGAUGUUUACGAUGUACACCCUUUUCUGUAAAGACAUUUUCUUGGGGUGGUACUUUAGGGAGGUGAUUUUUCGAUUUUUUCAGGAUUUUUCUCAUCAAAUGUGGGAAUCUGAACAAAAAUGGAGAAAAACGGGAAAAUAUACGAAAUAUAUUAGUAAAAUAUUAUGAUUUUUUUUCUGCGGACAACUUUUUUGCCAGCAAUUUCGCUCCGAUUUAUAAUGAUAGCAUUUUUUUUAAAAGAAAAUAUGACCGGGAUGGUAUUUUAAAGAGGUAAUUUUUUAAGUUAGGAGGUUUCUCAAGAAAUGUGAAAAACCGAAAAAAAACACAGGAAAAAUAGGAAAAUUUAGGAAAAACGGGAAAAUCGGUACAAUAUUAAAGAAAAUAUAUAACGCCUAUUUAAUUAUUUUACCAUAAUAUGACAUAAAUAUUGUUGACAAAAUAUCAUUAUCAGCUUAAUUCUGCUAAGAAUCGUUUUUUGUAAGCAACGAUAAACCAUUGCUUACUGGUAAAAAUUAAUUUCCCUUCUAUAUAUCCUAUAUUUAACUUCUUACCAACAGUUGCUGUAUCCAUCGUUCGAAGAAAGUCCGGCUUUUUUACCAUUUAGGUUAAAUUAACCUAAACAAUAAAAUACUAUAUAUCUUUUUUUAGUUUUUUGUAAAUUUUGUUGACUGUUGCAAUGUUGUGUAAUACCCAUAUACAUAUUUUUUUUUCCACCUCAGUUACUUAAAUGAAUUGGAGAAAAAUGGCGGUAAAGGAUUAAAGGCGUACAGUUGCCUUCUCGAGGGUGGAGAAAACGGGUCUGAAUUAGCGAUGUUAAAGGAAUAUUUCUACACCGUUCAAUUAGCCAACAACCCGAACCCAGAAACGACAGUUUUCGAAAACUUUGUGGACGUUUGUGAAAUAUCAUUUCUUAUGAGAUCCAUGGGAUGUUAUCCUUCUGAAAAAGAAGUAAACGAAGAAAAUAUUAUUACCUAUAAACGAUUUGAAACCAUAAUAGACACUAUAUAAUAAUAUAAUAUACGUGUAUAAUAUAAUUAUAAAAAUAUAUCAAACGAAUUAUAAUUCCACACAGUUAUCCAAUAUGAUAUACGAAUUGUAUAUGAGAAAAGAGAACGAAAUAGAUCAUCCGAAUACGUUGAUAACUUUUGAAGAGUUUGUUAUUUUGUAUUUGAAUUAUAAACCUCAAAUAAAAUUGAAAAUUGAGGACAUUCGCAAUGCAUUCGACGCAAUGGUAGUUAACGAUUAUGGAGAAAAAGAAAUAUUUACGAGAGAAUCGUUUGUACACACAAUGACAAAUCAAGGUAUCUAUUAUAAUAAUAAGCGUACGCGUACAUCGAACAAAUCGCUAUAAAUUGAUAUAUUGUAAUGUUUAUGAACUACAUUUUAAAUCUGAACAAAUGCUAAUAUUUAUUAUUUAGGCUCAAAAAUGAAUUUCCGUGAACUAGAGUUUAUCCUUCACACGUUGUUAAAAACAACCAGCGAUAUAUCUUCGGGUUCCACCGAAAAUAUCGAGACCAUUCUAAGUGCUUUGCCACUCGUACGUAUACAAAAAUUUAAUAACAAUAUUUUAGACAUAUUAUAUCUAAUACAUAUCGUACGUUAUUUUUUUGUAUUGAAAAUAUAUGGACAGACGUUCACGUUUAAAGACAUACUAGACUUAUUUGGAUUUCAAGAUAGUGCAACAGGAGAAUGA